GUUAAUAGCCAUUCCUGUAGAGUGAAAACUGAAAACGAAAAACUGUAGCCAUGUCGAAAUUGAGCGAUGGCAGCAUUUCAAUCUGCAAGUUCUUGGAGGCCUACGAGCAGCAGCCUUGCUUGUACAACCCCGAAUUGGAGAACUACAAGAAUCGUGUGGCCCGCGAGGAGGCCUACACCGCGAUGAUCGAGGAACUCAAGGUUCCACAACUGUCGAUCAACGAUAUCAAGCGGAAGAUCAAGAGUAUACGCACCGUCUACUCCAAGGAGCUGGGCACUCGCAGGCGCUUCAAGGAGCAGGGCAAGCCCUACGACACAAAGCUUAUUUGGUUCAAUCUGGCCGAUGCCUUCCUUUCGCAUUCCCACGGCAGGAACAGAAAGAAAACGCCAGCCGUGAAUCCAGCUAGCAGAAUCCUCUUCAAUGCCACUUCGGACAUUAGUAUGAGCGAGGAUGCCAUAGAGGCGGCGGUUGGUGACGAAACGGAUUAUGUGAGCAAUACGGAAAGCACCAAACAGCAUUUUGUGGCAUCGUCCACUCCCAGUGGUCGCAGCACUCGGCAUAAUUCUAUGACAAAUGGCAGCGGACGCAGACUGACCUACGACCUCACUAUUGAUGAUUCUAUUGUAGAGGAAAAUACACAAGUACCGGAGGAGGUCACGGGCCAGAGUCAACCAAACGCACAGCAGCAGCAGCAACAGCGCAAACCUGUGUACACUUCUCCGGGAGCUGCACAGCCUCCAGUCCGCAGCCAUCAGCCGGAGUCGGAGCAGCAGCAGCAACAGAUCGAUCCACCAGCUAUAGCCCCACCACCACCACUAGUGGCACCUGCCGUACCACAUCCCGAUGAUGAUAUGACGCACUUUGGCCAAAGCAUUGGCUCGCAGCUGCGGCAGAUAACCAAUCCGUACAGCCGCUCCUGGGCCAAGAUGCGCAUCCAGCAGAUACUCUUUUCCGCCGAGACCGGAAGCUUUGAAAGCUCCGCAGGCAACUUUAUUGAUGCCACAAAUUUCACCUCUCCAGUUUAGUUUUAAGAAUUACAUGGUUUUUUA